AUGGGCGGUUGGAACAUUAUAAUGAUAGGAUUUGGUGCUUCAAUUUUUAUCGCGCUUUGUUAUAUUUCUAUUCCAAAAGGACCAAAUCAGACGUGGGCAAUUACCUAUUUAGCUCAACUUCAUCCUUUAAUAACCCCUAAAUUACCUGAAGGAAUUCAUCAUGAAGAGCUUAAGUUUGGUACACAUUAA